GGUUGCAACGAGUCACUGACAACAACAGACAAGCGACGAACACGAUUUAGAGACGUUUAUAUACGUUUAUAUAUACUUAGAUACAAAUUUAAUCUUGUUAAUACAUGAGUUCCUGAUUGGUUUAGAGUUGAAGGGGAGCGGCCUGCAAUGACACACGGGAUUUUAGAACCGAACAUGGAUCGAUGAUAAACAAAAGGGGAACGUCAUUCCGUUGAGAAAAUGAUAACAUUUUCUCAUCUACUGGGCAGCCGUUUGCAUUUGUUGAGCUGUCAAACCUUAAAUUGUCUUUCUUCUGCAGCAUUAUGUGUUGAGCCCAGGUGAACCUGUUUGGGUGGAGUGCAUGUCAGAAUAUCUUUGUCAGAUAUGUGCAGGUUUUUGUGUAGGCCUACUUUUUUUUACUUUUCAUGUGUUUGUGUGAAUGUGCUUGAAAUCAUGUUAUCAUGCUAAUUUAAGUAAGUAUUGUAUUGUAUAUGUAUUGCCACAUUCAGCAGAAUACUGAUGGAGAAGCCCACUCUAUUUAUUUGCUUGGGUAAAAAACUAUUGAGUAUAUGUUAUGGUGAUAUUUGAUAGAUUUACCCAGGCCAAGCUAUGUUCUUUCAACACUUCAUUGCCACUUCCUAUUGUCUUGUUCUUUCCCAUCUAACGUUCAUGUUCACCUUAAUGGCGACCACAUGUGUAGCCUGUUAGUUCUCUCAGGUUUCCCAUGGUAACAGCCCAUGGGUUCUAGGUGUGUGAUGCUAGGUGUGUGAGGAUUGCUAUGUUUGGUGGCAGAACUUCAUCAGCUGAAUCACUUUUUGUGCUCCUUUGCGUAGGGGCCCCUCAACUUAUUUGUGCAGGCGUACAAGCUCACACAACCUCUGCUUAAAUGCGUCCAUCUCUAAUAAACCAAAACAACAGCAGCAGAAGAAUAUAGUAGAAGUAGAAACAGCAUGCGAUACGGCAGCUGAAAUCCUCCAGUCACAUUCAUAUUUUGAGCGCGCAGUUCGCCACGGAGCUUCAACCUUUCAGACACUGCUCGGAGUCUAACUGACGAAUCCACACCGACCACACGCUUGUAUAGGCAAUUCCAGGACGGAAUGGGGUGUGUGUGUGUGUGUGUGUGUGUGUGUGUGUGUGUGUGUGUGUGUGUGUGUGUGUGUGUGUGUGUGUGUGUGUGUGUGUGUGUGUGUGUGUGUGUGUGUGUAUGCGGGACGCAGCGUCGGUGGGGAUUUGGUGACAUGUUGUGAAGAAAGUGAAGGACCUUUUGUCUCUCUUCGCUUACGGGGUUUAUUUACAAUCGAGUGGGGGGGAUUUAUAGGAGUGGGAGGGAUGCUACGACGCAAAUCCAGGGCCGGCAGUGAGGACGCGACCCGACCCAUGGGAUUGGUUAGCGGAUACGGCCGCUAGACACUUGGACCACACUGUUUGUCACCCGCUUGCUCCGGCGCUGAUCUGAGGGCAAGAAACAACCGUUUUUAGUGGAAGUGUUUUUUUAACCAGCGUGAUGGAUGUAGCUGGAUAGCGAUAACCGGGGAACCACCACAUUUGGCCACAUUUGGGAUCCUAUAUGGCAAAAGGGCAUCUUUUUAUUUGUGAAUCAUAACCACUGUCCAAACCAAACCAACCUGCUUCAGCCAGCCGUGAGAUGGUGACCAAUCGAGACUUUGUGACUCUGUUGCUGAUCGCCCUGCCCUGGUCGCUCCUCAUCUGGCACCUAAGCAACGGCAACCAUACAGACCUCUACUGGAAAGGAACGCCGGACAGAAGGAACGGCAGCCGCCCUGCCUCGGGGGACCCCUCCUCCCCCAGGGAGGGCUGUGCUCCGAGGGGGAGGGCGGCGGCGGGGGCGGGCGGCGGCAUCGUGGAGGCGGUGCGCACCGAGUACGUCUACAGCCGGCCCCCGCCCUGGUCCGCCACGCUGGCGCCCCUCUACGUGAUCACCGCCACCUUCCCGAGGGCGGUGCAGAAGGCGGAGCUGACGCGGAUGGCCAACACCUUCCUCCACGUGGCCAACCUGCACUGGGUCGUGAUCGAGGACGCCCGCAACACCUCCGCGCUGGUGCGCCGCCUGCUGAAGGCCACGGGCCUCAACUACACCCACCUCCACCUGGAGACGCCCAGGGUCCUGAGGAUGACGGGGUCCUACCCGCGGGGGGGCAUCCAGAAGAACUUGGGGCUGCGCUGGCUGCGCCUGACCAUGGGCGAGACGCCCCCCGGGGUGGUGUACUUUGCGGACGAUGACAACGUGUACAGCCUGCAGCUGUUUGAGGAGAUGCGCUCCACCACGAUGGUGUCGGUGUGGCCUGUGGGCUUCAUUGCAGGCCGGAAAUACGAGUCGCCCAAGAUCAACGCCCAGGGCAAGGUGUGCGGCUGGGUGACGGGGUUCGCACCGAAUCGGCCGUUCGCCAUCGACAUGGCUGGCUUCGCCAUUAACCUGAAGCUCCUCAUCCGAAAGUCUGAGGUCGUCUUCAAGCUGCGCGACGUCAAGUCGGGUUACCAGGAGACCAACCUGCUCAGUGCGCUGGUUUCCCUCAGCGACCUGGAGCCCAAGGCGGAUAACUGCACCAAGGUGCUGGUGUGGCAUACCAGGACAGAGAGGCCCACACUGGUGAAUGAGGGCCAGCGAGGUUUCUCAAAUCCCGAGGUUGAAGUAUGACGACAUGUACCGGGCAACCCAGCAUUGAGACAAAGGGACACCACACCAUCAGUCCGGACGGCGUGAAGAGGGGGUUCAGCCACGCCAUAAAGAGCUCUCUCAGCGACCUACAGCAGCAGCCCGGGCCCCUGCUCGGCAGAACAUAGGGGCCCUUUUUGUUGUCGCUGCUCCUAACUAGUUGUUUGGGACACAGGGCGGCCAUGCAGGGAAGUAAUUGGGCCCUUGUCUUGUGACAAGGCAGCAGCAAAUGACAAUCAGAGACAUGAUGGAGGGCAUUUCUGCAAUAUUCCUGUUUUUUAUGUUAUGGGGUACAUGGAUUUGUGUGUGUUACUGAAUGUUAACUGUAGUUUGAUAGUACAUGGAGAUGGAUAUAUUGUGUGUAUAUGCAGACUUUGUGCUGCUUUGUCAUCUGCGUUCUCUCGAACGCUUAAGGGAGAUUAUAAAGGCUAAUCCAAUCACACACACACUAGUGGUUUGGUAAUGUCGGGAGAU